AGGUGUGUACCUAUGAGCAAAUCCUGUUUGGUGAAAAAUAUAUGCAGAAUAUUGAUUUAGGAUUUAAUUUGCAGUAAGAUAUUUGUUUCUAAAUGCCCGAUCAAGCUUAGCGUGUAGUGAUUUGGAAAUUGAAAAAAUUAGAAACAAUAUCAACUACUAAGGCUUUGAAUUUUACAUAUCAUGCUCGAUGGCUUUACCCAACGGACUCACUGCUCUGCAUUGUACUGGGACAGCUGUGAUUGGUGUUGGUGUUCUUUUACAAAUAGUUGCAUUGGCCACUCCGAACUGGACAUACGGCAAAUACUACAAGUAUUUCGGAGAUUCAAAGGUCAAGGCCGGACUUUGGAAGUUUUGUGUAGAGACAUUGAAGUGUCAGGAUAUACCCGAAGAAGUAUUAACUGAUGAGUGGAAUACUGCUGGUGCUUUUGCAAUUUUGGGAAUGCUGGCUGGAUUAAUGGCUUUAAGUCUCACCUGCAUCCAUUUUGUUCUGCGAAUAAUGGCUAAACCUACAAAUAAAAUUGUAAAUGUGGUUGUUUUGGCAGCUUGCAUCGUAGCAUGUCUUUGUGUUGUUAUUAGUACCAGUUGCUUUGGAGGUGGUGUCUAUAAGCAGGAAGAUUUUGACAAGGAAGGACAAAAGAUCGGUUACUCCCUCAUCUUGAGUGUUGUUGGCGGCUAUCUCAUUGGUCUUGGCGGUGUCUUGUUCUUGGUUGCAUGCGUGAAAUAUUCUUAACUGUAUUAUAACAUAUUUACCUCAAUUACACACACACACCUACACACAUUAGUAGUGACCUAAAGGCACAACUCCAUGUACACACGCGUAUACAAACACUGAAAUAUUCAGAAUAUUUACCACUACACGGACCCAAAAUCUCUAGUUACAUCACUGUGAGUAAUACAUAUAAAUAGAGAGAGAUUAUAAAUAAAAAUAAAGCGCAAACCUUUCCAUUGGAAUGAAAGCCAAUUCUAGCAGAUCAAAUACAUAUGAUGAUGUUAAUAGAUUGAUCAGCGUAUAAAAAUAUUUUGAAACUUAAAGAAAAUAAAACACAUUUUUAUUAAGGUUUAUCAAUAGUUAGAUUUAUAGUACAGCUUUUGGACCCCACGAUGAUCUGCUAACGACUGUCAACAAAAAACAAAACGAAAAACGCAAACUAAAAUUCCAAGGUAUUCAGGGGUCAUCAAGACCUUUCUUCAGUACCAUGAAAAAGAAGAGGCAGACAGAGAAAGCGAUGGGAAGACAACAUAAAAGAAUGGACGGGCCUGUCAUUGAAAGAGGCUAUAUCCAAGGCAAAAAAGAAAAGAGGAAUGGAAAUAGACGGUCAAAGAUCUUCUGUGGUGCCCCCAACAGACUAAGGGAUAGGUGAAGGUGAAGAUCUUUUUGACAACAAAAAAAGAAAGCUACCGAGGAAGAUGAGCGGGAACAGAACUUCAAUCGACCUGGACCUGGCAACAUGUGUCUAUCAUAGCUUAUGUACGCGAGUCUACGUAAAUAACAUCAUUCUUUCUUACAUUUUCUUUCUAAAUCUUUUGAAAUCUUUCAGAAAUACCUUAAACAUAGUUCAAAUACACACACUUCAGGUGUUACACAAUCGAUAGGCUUGUUCAUGUCGUGGGGUUUAAAAAAAAAACAGUUUUAAAAGUUGUAACUACUCGUGUGUCAUAGUUCGUGAUCUAAUCAACGGCCCUUUUUUUAACAUUCAGGGAUCCAUGGAGGAAUAAUAUGGUAGGGGCGAUGACCGUGACCUUCAUAACAUAGCAGCUCGCUUAGCUUGUUGGGGGUAAGGGUGGGAAUAACUUUGUUCAUAAAUCAAAUGAUUUAGGCCUAGGGAUCUAUUUAGCGGCUCCCGUAAUGGGCAGAACCACUUGUAAUUUUGUGUCUGUCUGUCUGUCUGUCUAGAUCUGAAAAACUAGAAAAAAAAUUAAAAUCAAAUUUCAGCAUAUUUUGCGACUAGCCAAGUUUAGAUUCAUCAACUUGAAAUAAGUGUAAGUACAAUGUCUCAGGUACAGCUGACAUUAGGGAGUCUACAUCUUGUCCCCUUUUCCCCUCCUCCCCA